AUGCAAGCUGCCAACCGUAUUCGCAACGCCCUCAACACCGAGCGAGGGUUGUCCUUUGGUGCCUGGCAGAUGCUGCCGGGGGCCAACCAUGCCCGGAUAAUGGCUCGGUCAGGCUAUGACUGGAUUUGCGUGGAUACAGAGCAUGGGAACAUUGCUGACUGGCAGAUGCACGAGGCGGUUGCAGCGAUUGCGGCGACAGGAGUCAGCCCCAUUGUGCGGAUCGCAGCCAACGAAGCAUGGAUGGUCAAGAGAGCCCUGGACUCGGGGGCGCACGGGAUUGUUGUGCCGUUGCUCUACACCGCAGAUGAUGCCAGACGGCUGGUCGAAUCGGCCAAGUUCCCACCCGUGGGCCGCAGAGGGUUUGGCAGCCCAUUUUCGAUGGGUUCGACUGGCGGUGUCUCUUCGCUCGAGUAUCUCCAGCAGGCAAACGACGCCCUUCUGACGAUUGUGCAGAUUGAAACCAAGGAGGCUCUUGAAAACGUUGAGGAGAUCGCCAAGGUCCCCGGGAUCGAUGUUCUCUUCAUCGGACCAUGGGAUCUCGGAAACAACAUCGGCCGUCCUGUGAUGGGUGCUUUCCACGACGAUCUCAAUGCUGCGAUCGAGCGCAUUCGCAAAGCAGCCGUGGACAACGGCAAGAGGGCCGGUAUCUACUGCGUGGGUGGGGAAGCUGCCAAGAGGUACAAAGACCAGGGAUUCCACAUGAUUUCCGUCGUCGCCGACGUUGUUGCUCUUCCGACAUUCCUUUCGAAUGCGUUGGAGACCGCCCAGGGGGCCAAGGCGGAUGCCGCCGUCCCCACGUAUUGA